CCUCUUUACCGCGCGUCCCUUGCCUUAAGAGUACCUUAAAACACAGUGACCAGGAACCACUGAAGUAAGACCCCUGUAGCGACAGCAGCCUUCUAUUACUUCCAACUGACCUGAUACAGUUAUGGAACCGUCAGCGGAUCACUUAGACGUACCGCGGGAUUUCCGUAAGAGCGGCCUCCGUAAGAGGGAUCACGAUGAUCCAAGCGAAGACAACCGCAUAGUCCGAGAAAGAUCAACAUCAAGGCAUCGAGAGGUUCAGCGAAACGCGGAGGACCAAUCUACUACUCUCAAGGCUCAGCAUGAUAUUCUCCAAUACAGAGAGGCACCGAGGAAGAAAGAGAAAAUGGGGAGGGAAUAUGGUAAUUGGGAAAAGAGACCAAUCAGGCAGCGGAAGAGAGGGGUGUUCUGUCAUGUAUGCGAGAAGCAGCGGCCCAUUAAGGAGGACUUCUCCUGCGGGGGUUGUGGACAUGAGAUAUGCGUCCUGUGCUUGAAUAAAUGGACAGACUAGGGUAACAUGAGGGUCCAUAAGAUGCAAGAUGCCGAUAAAAAUAUGUUAGCGGGCCACAGCACGCCAAUUCCGGAGACUAAGUACCAGAGCAGAUAGGGAUCUCUAUGCGGGUAUUGGAGGGGAUAUAUGUUGGGUAACC